GCUCAGGGCGGGGCUCACACGCUCAAACCCGGCGCAAGAAAAACUUGGGCCAGGUCGAUGCAUGGAGCAGUGUGGGAAGUCUGUGUCCGACAGUCGGAAGCAGAGACGCGGACAGCCUGGUUUUAUCCUCCAGGGACGCCGGUGCGGUUGAGCAGCGUGGCCGGAUUUGACGACGCGGCACCGGGGAAGGAUUUGUGGCGACGCCGGAGGAGGAAGCGAGAAUCCUGCCGGGGCUGCCGGUGGUGCUGUGGGGAGGGAAAAGCAACCCAGAAGAAGCGUUCAUUUCCUGCAUGUAACUUGUCAGGAUGAUGUGACAAGUCCCGAAGGAGAACGCGGAAAUCGGAUUUAUUUCCCCGCCGCUGGAGAUCACCCGAGCCGCCGGCUUUGAAGGCUGGCUGGCCUGUGGUGAAGAGACACAACAUGGCAGAAGCGCGGCGGGAGAGCACCAGCAGCCUACAGAGGAAAAAGCCUCCAUGGCUGCGAUUGGACAUUCCGACCGCUCAGAUGUCACUGGAUGAGCCACCCACUUUUGUUCAGCCUAUAAAGAGGCAAGGCUUCCUGCGUAGCAUCAGCAUGCCCGUGGAGACGUCUCACCUCCAGUCGCCACCGCCGCGAGACUUUUUUGAUAGCCGGCGGCCGGCCUUGCAGCGACAGUCGUCCAUCACUCAGACCAUCAAGAGCAGCAGGCGGGUUCACUUUGAGCGGAUUAACACGGUGCCUGUUAAGGGCCAGCGAGCUGCCCGCCGCAGCGCCAGGAAGCACCACUCGCUCUCCAGAACCCUGCUCAGGGGCACGGCUGACUGGUUCGGGGUGAGUAAGGACGGCGACGCCACGCAGAAAUGGCAGCGCAAGAGUCUCCGCCACUGCAGCCUGCGCUACGGCAAGCUCAAACCGCAGGUGAUCCGUGAGAUGGAUCUGCCCAGCCAAGACAACAUCUCUUUGGCCAGCACUGAGACGCCGCCUCCGCUCUAUGUGCCCUCCUCGUCACAUGGCAUGCAGAAGAUCAUCGACCCGCUGGCCCGCGGCCGGGCCUUCCGCAUGGUCGAAGAGGUGGACGGGUACAGCGUACCGCAGACACCCAUCACACCCGGAGCUGCGUCGCUCUGCUCCUUCACCAGUUCUCGCUCGGGCCUCAACCGGAUACCUCGUCGACGCAAGAGGGAAUCAGUGGCCAAGAUGAGCUUCAGGGCGGCGGCGGCGCUGGUCAAGGGGCGCUCCAUAAGAGACAGCACCUUGCGGAGGACCCAUAGACGAAGCUUUACUCCCGCCAGCUUCAUGGAAGAAGACAUUGACUUUCCUGAUGAGCUGGACACAUCUUUCUUUGCCCGAGAUGUUCUGAUGCACGAAGAUUUGUCAACGUAUACGGACGAGGUGUUUGAGUCGCCGUCGGAGGCGGCGAUGAAAGAGGCGGAGCACGGAAACAAGAAGGACGAGAUGGAGCUAACGGGAAGCGCGCUUGAUAAAACGGCACUAGAGAGGAGUCACCUGAUGUUACCUUUGGAGAGAGGGUGGCGUAAAGCCAAAGAGGGUGCCCCGGGCCCGCCCAAGGUGCCCUUGCGUCAGGAGGUGGUGAGCGUCAACGGGCAACGGCGCGGUCAGCGCAUCGCUGUGCCAGUCAAGAAGCUUUUCGCUCGCGAGAAGAGGCCUUACGGGCUUGGAAUGGUGGGCAAGCUAACCAACCGCACGUACCGCAAACGCAUCGACAGCUACGUCAAGCGGCAGAUCGAGGACAUGGACGACCACAGGCCUUUUUUUACAUACUGGAUCACCUUUGUCCACAUGCUUAUCACCAUCCUGGCUGUCUGCAUCUACGGUAUUGCGCCGGUGGGCUUCUCCCAACACCAGACGGUUGAUUCAGUGUUAAGAAACAGAGGUGUCUACGAAAAUGUCAAGUUUGUACAGCAGGAGAACUUCUGGAUCGGGCCGAGCUCGCAGGCUCUGAUCCACCUGGGGGCCAAAUACUCUCCAUGCAUGCGGCAGGACAAGCAAGUGCACGAGUUCAUCAGGGAAAAACGAAAUUUUGAACGCAACUCGGCGUGCUGCGUGCGCAACGAUCGCUCCGGAUGCCUACAGACUUCCGAGGAGGAGUGCUCGAGCACUCUGGCUGUGUGGGUGAAGUGGCCACAGCAUCCCAGCAGGCCUCAAUUAAACGGGAAAGACAGACAGUUCGGCUCCGUCUGCCAUCAGGAUCCCAGGACAUGUCUGGAGCCUGCCUCGGGGCCCCCAUACGAGUGGCCUGAUGACAUCACCAAGUGGCCAAUUUGCACAAGGUACAACACAGGGAACCACACCAACCUGCCUCACAUUGACUGCACCAUCACGGGCCGACCCUGCUGCAUCGGAACCAAAGGAAGGUGUGAAAUCACAUCCCGGGAAUAUUGUGUCUUCAUGAAAGGUUAUUUUCAUGAGGAAGCCACUCUCUGCUCACAAGUGCAUUGCAUGGAUGAUGUAUGUGGACUGCUGCCUUUCCUCAACCCUGAGAUCCCGGAUCAGUUUUACAGACUCUGGCUCUCGCUCUUCCUGCACGCAGGGGUCCUUCACUGCAUGGUGUCAGUGGCAUUCCAGAUGACAAUCUUGAGGGACCUAGAGAAGCUGGCGGGAUGGCUGCGCAUCUCCAUCAUUUACAUCGUCAGCGGCAUCACCGGCAACCUGGCGUCGGCCAUCUUCUUGCCGUACAGAGCCGAGGUGGGACCGGCGGGCUCACAAUUCGGCAUCCUGGCCUGUUUGUUCGUGGAAUUGUUCCAGAGCUGGCAAAUCCUGGCGCAACCUUGGCGGGCCUUCACCAAGCUGCUCUGCGUGGUGCUCUUUCUGUUCGCCUUCGGACUGCUGCCGUGGAUCGACAACUUUGCGCACUUCAGCGGCUUCGUCUCGGGCUUCUUCCUGUCGUUCGCCUUCUUGCCCUACAUCAGCUUCGGCCGCAUGGACCUGUACCGCAAACGCUGCCAGAUCAUCGUCUUCCUGCUGGUGUUUGUGGGUCUCUUCUCGGGCCUGGUCGUGCUCUUCUACGUCUACCCCAUCAAGUGCGAGUGGUGCGAGCUGCUCACCUGCAUCCCCUUUACGGACAAAUUUUGCGAGAAGUAUGACCUCAACGCGCACCUCCGCUGAGGCCACAUCCCUUCACCCCAAACAGAAAAUCAGGUCAGAGCGGGACGUUUUAAAACAAAAAAAAAACAAAAAAACACUUGAACUCGAUGACGUGAUAUUUUGUGUCUUUCUACUCUAGUAAGUAUACAACCAACACCUUGAUUAAUCAUCCCACCACUGUGCACUCUUAUAAGGUUCAGCACCUCCCCGGGUGUCUGAAGUAUUGAAGCCACUGCUUGUGUACAGGAGACAAAGAGCUAAGCAUUGUUGUUUGUUUCACUCUUUAAUGUGGAGUUUUUUGUGUUUUUAGGAGGAGGAUCAGGGCAACAUGUGGAAAAUAAUCAGAUUUACAUACGAACAGUAUGAAGUUCAAACAUAAAACAUGAUUAUUGUCAUGUUUCCCCAUUUAAAGCAGAAUUCUCAUCAAAUAAAUUGUUCUUCCACUAUAGCACUUGCAAACACUAAAUUAUUUUUUCCCCCUUCUCAUAAUUCAAAAGAACUGUGACACAUAUACUUCAUAACCUACUGACAUGACACGGGAUACGGAGCCGAUUCGUAGGGGGCCUAUUUUGAAAAACUUGAAAUUCAAAUAUUUACAAAACCAAAGCUACUACCGAGCUAAAACCAAAACAGCUAUAUAUGAGUCUCCAUGAGCAGCGGCAUCAAAAAAUUCAAAGUCGUUCCCUUAUAAAAUCCCGAGUAGUACACUAAGUAUAACUUAAGUACUUAAAAUGACUAUAAAAGUCUCAGAUUUUACACUAGAUGCACAAAAAUCACCAAAUGCUGAGAUAAUCACCUAUAUUUUCAAGAUCAAUAGCAUUGUUUAACAUAUAAGUUUUUGACCAAAAUAGCAACUUGUUUUUUCUGUUUUCAACAGCUAAUAAAUCACUAACAUCAGAAACUUAUACUUAUUAUUAUUAAACUUAUACUUAAAUACUUUAGGAAAACAUGCAGAAUCAAUUAUAAAUAAUAUGUAAAUAGAUUAUUAAUAAAUUCUAUAUACAAUCACAACUUAUUAUAGAAUAGAAUAGCCCUUUAUUAUCAUUAUACACUAUAUGCUGUUAGCGAAAGAGGCUAGCGGCCGCCUGGCGUAAAAGGAGCUUUUCUGGCGAAAAUUCUUGUGAAUAAAUGCUUAAAUCCCCGAAUUCUUCAUAAAUAUGGACGUAAAACUGUCUCGAUUCUUGGUUAAAAGCAAAGAAACCGUGCAGUUAGCGUUUAUUUUACGUAUAUUGACGAAGUACAAUGCUACCAUGUUAGCGAAGGAGGCAAGCGGCCGCCUGGCUACUCUACCCACCUCUGCUUUUCAGUAACCCAAAAUCCAAGGGAAGUGACCUGUAAAUGUCCCAAAAUACAACAGCACAUUACGUCAAAAUGCCUAAAAUUAACUCAUUGCCUGGCAUUGGCCAUAGACGUCCAACUCGUUUGAAGUGGUAGGAAUGGCAGCGAAUGUUCAUUCCCUGCCAACUGUCUACUAGUUGUAAACUUUUUCCAAUUCACAGUAGAAGGUAUCGUGAGAUACCCAGAGGAUCCCAUUCAAAACAAAAUUUUGGCACAUUUUCAUCCAUUUAUUUCUCGUACAGCACUUAAAAUAGUCUUCAUUUUGGAAAUUCUCAUUACUCGAGUGACAGCGAGAACCAAAAGUGGUAGUUGCCAUGUGGCAAAAACUUUUUGCCAAGUGGCAUUUUUUUUUUUUUUUUGGCCAUGUGACAUUUUUUUUUGCCAUGUGGCAAAAAAAUUUUGCCAUGUGGCUAACAUUUUUUGCCUUGUGGCAAAAUUUUUUUGCCAUGUGGCAUUAUUUUUUGCCGUGUGGCAAAUUUUUUUCCCAUGUGGCAAAAUUUUUUGCCAUGUGGCAUUUUUUAUGCCAUGUGGCAAAACAGUUUUGCCAUGUGGCAUUUUUUUGCCAUGUGGUAAAAAAAUUUUCCAUGUGGCACUUUUUUUACCAUGUGGCAAAUUUUUUUCGCCAUGUGGCAUUUUCUUUGCCAUGUGGCAAAACAGUUUUGCCAUGUGGCAUUUUUUUGCCAUGUGGUAAAAAAUUCUUGCCAUGUGGCAUUUUUUGCAUUUUUUUUGCCAUGUGGCAAAAUGUAUUUGCCAUGUUGCAUUAUUUUUUGCCAUGUGGCAUUUUUUUUUUUUUUUGGCCAAGUGGCAAAAAUUGUUUGCCAUGUGGCAAAAAUUGUUUGCCAUGGGGCAAAAAAUUUUUGCCAUGUGGAAUUGUUUUUGCUACAUGGCAAAAAAAAAAAAAAUUGCCACAUAGCAAAAAAACCCCAAAAAAGCCACAUGGCAAAAAAAUUUUGCCACGUGGCAAAAACCACUUUUGGUUUUCAGCCCUGCUGCAUUGUUCCGGCUGAAAACAACAGUUUACUUACAUGGUUUUAAUUAGAAUUUAAAAAACGUUUUUAAAGCACUUUCCCACCCCACACGUUUGAACAUGAUAUUUUACACUGACAUGUCAAAACUCUCUUAACCUUACUUGUAAAAUGCUGAUAUGACAUUUUAAAGCCUAUUCAAUCAUGAUACUAAUAUACAUCAUACUUGGACCUUUUUUCAUAAAUCUUCCAAAGAAUUUGAAUAUUAUGACCCAUUUUCCACAUUUGCUUCUGAUCCUCUUCUGCAGAACUCAUUCAGGCAACCUCAAACAGUAAGCAGGGACAACAAAACAAUUGAAAUCUAAUACCGAAACCUUUGGUGCCUUUUUGAAAGAGAAAUGUACCAACUACUACUGCCAUAUUUUUUUCUUUUUGUCACGUUAUGCUGAGCACUCAAAUGUUUUCCUUUUCCUUGUAUUUGUUUGAGCUCUUCUCCAGAAGUGAUGCUCGUAUUGAACAUGGCAGCGUUUUAGCUGCCCGUCUACUCACAUGUAACUGAAAACAGUAAAAAAAAAAAAAAAAAAAACAACAACUGAGAAACAUGAAAUGGAAAUGUCUUGCUCUUUUUUGUUGAAUCAUGAAGUGGGAAGGAAUCUGACCUUUUAGCCAGAUUGCUGGUAAAGGGGAAAAUAUAUCGUCAUCGCACACACCAUAUAAUUGUCUGCAUUAGUCUAACACAUAUAUAUUCUAACACACACAUAUGGUACAGGUUGGCACGUCUAACUGUUUGCAUUACUCUAACAUACGUAAUAUAAUUAAUCAGGAAAUAGUAUCAUUUUCAUAUUUACGGUAGGACUACACUACUAAUAUUAAAUAAAUAGAACACCAUAGUUUAAUGAGAAGAAAUAGAAGAGAUACACAAUGCCGUCUUAUCACAAGAUUGACGCACCAACUCUGGCAAUCAGCUCUCCCAGCAAACUCCAAGGACAAAGCGCUUUGUCCUUGGACCCGGCCAAAAGGCAAACUCUGUGCAUUCACCUUAGUCUUAACCCCUUGUACUGACUCUAUUUUGAAAGCUGGAAAAAGGCUUCAAAGCACAAGUUGAAAAUUUAUUCAGGCCAACAGCAGUCAAACGGCAAGGCGAAACAGAAACAGACUCAGGCAAGGAGGCAGACUCGUUCCAAGGUCAUCAUAUCACAAGUCAACAAAAGGUUCCCGAGAAAAAUGACAACAAUUAGUUAAACUUUCAGUCUUUUUGAAGGCUCUCGCAGAGUGGGCUGUGGGCAGAAGAAGGGAGUGUUUGGACGUUGUUUAGGAUUAUUGUCUGUGGAUUGGACAGGAGGAUUCGGGAGUUUCUGUUGUCAGGGCAACAAGGGUUGUGCAUUUUGCCACCUCAGCGCAACGUGAUUGCUGAGACUUCUCGGCCGUGGGUUCCUCCUUAUGGGAUGUUCCUUGUCAAGACAAGAUGUCCCGCCAUCUGUUCUGGACUGUCCGGAAGAAGUGAUUGCGUGAGUUGGUGGUGCAGACGUGGGCUUGUAGAUGUCAUGCCUCGUCAGCGUCAAUCUUGCUCAGUCAGUUACAUGACGCACACAUUGGGCUUCCAUGAUAAGAAGGCAUCAUGUAUCUCUUAUGCCCGAUGUCAAAUAUAUUCUGCUUGUUUUCCUUAAACUAUGAUAUAAGUGCUCUUUAUUUUAUAUUGGGUGUGUUAAAGUAGAUGUUAGAGAAAAGAUACUAUUCCCUAAUUGAUUAUAUUGUGUUAGAGUAAUACAAACAGU